GUAGUGGGUAAAUUGGGAGCAGCUGUGAUGAUGAGAGCACUGCUGUGGGUGAGCCCCUUCUGCAUAAUGGUCUCCAGGAUGCCCUUCUGCCCCAACCAAGUCAUUCCCCAGUCAUACUGUGAGCACAUGGCUGUGCUGAAGCUGGUGUGUGCAGAUACUAGAGUAAAUCGUGCAUAUGGGCUCUUUGUGGCUUUCUUUGUUGUUGGCUUUGAUAUGAUUGUCAUCAGUUUAUCCUAUGUGAUGAUUUUGAGAACUGUUCUAGAGCUGCCCUCCGGUGAAGCCCGGCUCAAGGCUUUUGGUACUUGUGCAUCCCAUACCUGUGUCAUCUUGGCUGUAUAUAUCUCUGCCCUCUUUAAUUUUCUCACCCACUCCUUUGGACAUCAUGUGCCCCGAUGAGUACAUAUCAUGUUUGCCAAUCUCUAUCUCAUGGCACCUCCCAUGCUGAACCCCAUCAUCUACGGAGUUAGAACCAAGCAGAUCAAGGACAGGGUUAUUCAAAGUUGUUGUGGAAAAGAUCCCUGA